UAUGGCUCCAAACAGCAAGGUUCAACCACUUACGUUUUGGGUAGUAAACCUGACAACGACGAAUCAGAUGAUGAAUCGAGGCCAAAGCAUACAACUCCACAUUGGACACAAUCGCACAUACGUGAAAACCAACUAGCGAUGCAGAGAUACAUUCCGAAGAAAGCAGUCUCUAAAUUCUUUGGUAGCAGAAAAUGCACACCAAAUUUAAGUGAAAUGUUUGAAAACAUAGAUUCAAGUUCAUUGCAACGCACGUCCAGUGCAAUAUGGGAGACACCACCGCGUUAUUUCAAGGUGGAAAACGAAGAAGAAGUAUAAUUUGUUAACCUAGAUGUUAUUGAUUUUACAUUAUGC